AUGCAAUUGAAGGAUCGUCUCCCGGCAAACAGAACCAAGGACUCUGUCUACAAAAUUAAGUGUAACGACUGCACCAAGGUCUAUAUAGGACAGACGGCCAGGGAACUACACAUCAGAAUCGAAGGGUAUAUUAGAAAAACAAACAGGCCGCCCAGGAAUGCAGAUGAAUAUCAAGCGUUACUGAAAGACUCGGCAAUUGCGGAACAUGCACUGGACACGGGACUACGGUUCACAUCACAGAGACUGAUGGCCGAGGCGGUAGAAAUCGCCAAGCAUCCCAGUGUUAACAGAAUGGAAGGCGUGGAACUGGCAAGCGAUUUGAUUGAAAUAUUCAAUAUAAAUAUUCCUUACAAACCAAGGAAAUCGGAGGUCAUUCGCAGAAUUCUAAACAGGGCUAACAUAAGAGUAGCUUUCCAGUGGGGAACACUCUGCGCUCUGCACUGA